AUGUCGACUUCCUCCAUUAAAGCAGUUGUUAUUGGUGCUACCGGACCCACAGGUAGUCGAAUUUUAGGAGAAAUACUGAAAUCUAAGAAUUUCACGCAAGUUACCGCCCUUGGCAGACGUCGUGCAACGUUAUUGCCCGAGUAUGGAGUGGAUCAAGAACAAGAGGAAAAUUCUGGCAGGUUAAUUCAGGAAGUUGUCGAAUUCGAUAAAUUGGAUUUCGAAAGUGCAAAGCAAUACUUUGAAGGAGCCCAUGCCUUUUUCUCCGCAAUCGGUGCCAAAAAGGCCUCUGUAGACUCUGAAACAUAUCUCAAAGUUCAUCGAGAUUACGCUACUAAAUUGGCUGGUUUUGCACACCAAUGUGGCGUUAAACAUAUGCUCAUUGUGUCAACUCAAGGCGCAAGUGCUGGCUCUAUGUUUACAUAUAUGAAACUAAAAGGACAGGCUGACGAGCAGAUAGCUAAGCUAAAUUUUCCUUGCUUCUCUUGCUUUCGUCCUGGUAUGUUGGAUAGAGGAAUGAAACGAGGAAUGAUGGAAAAGUUUGCUGGUGCAAUAAUGACAUCUAUGCAUGUCAAAGAUGUAGCAAAAGCUAUGAGAAUCAUUGCAGAGAAUUUUGCUGCCGAAUCAACAGAUAACCCGAGUAAAAAUGUUGUCAACUACUAUAAUAAUUCGUCAAUCUGGAAACUAUGCUCAGAAUCGUCAUGA